AGGAUGAUCGGGAAGCACACCACGCCACCUCCCGUCAUCACAUGCAGCAGCUCCGCGCUUAUAAUUGAAUGCUUUAAAGCCGGUUUCAGACACGAGAACAAAGCCGGGCUGCUGGGUUUAUUAGUUGAAUUAAACUCGAUAGAAGCCGGGGAGAGGGAAGUGAAGGGAAACCGCGGAUGUUAGAGAUUAAAGAGAGGAAAGCCAGUGCAUUAUCAUGGUGGCGGGCGAGAUGAUUCAGGAACCAGUGAGGCAUGGAGACACACCUGCCUCGGAGGAUCAGUACGACAGUGUCGCGGACUGCGAUGUGAAAGUGACCGUGAGGGAUGUGAAGGAGUCAGAGAAGGAGCUUCCGCACAAUGAGAGCCACGCCAUGCUUCCCGGAGAGCAGAAACCUCUCCAGACUAAACGGUACCGCCGGCGAUUCGCCGUGCUCGCCAUCUUCAGCCUGUACUCUCUGGUCAACGCGUUCCAGUGGAUCCAGUACAGCAUCAUCACCAACAUCUUCAUGCAGUUCUACGGCGUGACGAGCGUGAUAAUAGACGGGCUGUCGGUGGUGUAUAUGGUGGCGUACAUCCCGCUCAUCUUCCCCGCUACCUGGCUGCUGGACCGAAAGGGACUGCGCGUUACAGCGCUGCUCGGCGCCGGACUCAACUGCGCAGGCGCGUGGCUGAAGUGCGCGAGCGCCGGACCCGGGCUCUUCUGGGUGACCAUGUCGGCGCAGGUUGUUUGCUCCGUGGCGCAGGUCUUCAUCCUCGGCCUGCCGUCCAGAAUCGCGUCCGUGUGGUUCGGCCCGAAAGAGGUGUCCACUGCCUGUGCCACAGCCGUGCUGGGAAACCAGCUGGGUGUGGCUAUAGGGUUCCUACUCCCUCCUGUCCUGGUUCCUAACACACCAGAAGAUAAAGAGCAGAUGGGUCACAACAUAAGCAUCAUGUUCUACGGGACGGCCGCCGUGUCCACCCUGCUCUUCAUUUUAACUAUCUUCGUCAUUCAAGACAGACCUCCUUUACCCCCGAGUAAGGCUCAGGCGGUGCUGCCCACAGGUCUAGCAGAAGAUUAUUCCUAUAAGCAGUCCAUCAUUAAUCUGUUCAGGAGCAAACCCUUCAUCCUGCUGCUGCUGAGUUACGGCAUCAUGACGGGAUCGUUCUACUCAGUGUCCACUCUGCUCAACCAAAUGAUCAUCUUUUACUACGAGGGGGAGGAGCUGAACGCCGGCAGGAUCGGACUCACGCUGGUGGUGGCCGGAAUGGUCGGCUCCAUCCUGUGCGGUCUGUGGCUGGAUCACACCAAAACAUACAAAAUGACCACGCUGAGUGUGUACGUCCUCUCCUUCCUCGGCAUGCUGGUGUUCACCUUCACGCUGGACCUUGGCCAUCUCCUCCUCAUCUUCUUCACUGGAGGAGCUCUGGGGUUCUUUAUGACUGGAUAUCUGCCCAUCGGGUUCGAGUUUGCAGUUGAGAUCACCUACCCAGAGUCAGAAGGCACGUCGUCCGGGCUUCUCAAUGCGUUCGCUCAGUUGUUUGGGAUCAUUUUCACCUUGAUUCAGGGAAAGCUCACCACAGACUACACCCCACUAGCCGGAAACAUCUUCCUAUGCGCCUGGAUAUUCCUCGGCAUCAUUUUGACAGCGUUGAUCAAAUCGGAGCUGAAGAGACACGACGUCAACAUGGGAAACGGUAAAUGUCAGGCGGUUCCUACUGAAUGUCCUAUGGAGAAAACAUCUAAUGGUUUAUCACGUGAGACAACGCUGUGAUCCAGACACCGAAACCUGAGACUGUGCUGGACUUCAGCUCCACCUCCAUCAUCAUUUCUCUCUCUCUCUCUCUCUCUCUCUCUCUCUCUCUCUCUCUCUUUCUCUCUCUCUCUCUCUCACACACACACACACAGUUGCUAAAACUGCUGAGUAAGCGUUAAUGCCGUUUUUUGCUGUAUUUCUAUCUGUUCAAACUAUCCAUAACAGUUUUCUAAACCUGGAGUGGGCGUGGCCUGAGCCACGGGAAAAAACAAAAACAGGAAAGACGUUUUUUUUUUGUUUUUUAAAUUAGCUAAUUUUAUUUAUUUAUUUAUUUAUUUGGUUGUUUGUUUGUGUUGCAUUAAUCAUGUACCUUCAGUCCUGCGGAAGCUUCUAGAAAUAUUGUCCUUUCCAUUUCCAUUGUCCACACAAUCACCAUGGAUCAGACUAAAUUUCAUUCUAAUGGCUGUAUUAUUUCCCCAUGAUGAUGAUGAUGAUGAUAAUUAAGAAAAAAAAAGCUUUGAAUGUACAAAGUAAUAUUUUUUAAGUGAAGUAAAUUAUUUUUCAGAGACAGCCGAGUGCACAGCACUUGAUCUUCAUUGGCCCUGAGUGAUUUCUAUUUGUUUUGUCCUGCAGGAAAUGCACCUGAAAACAAACAGAAAUCAUUAUUUAAUUAUUAUUUAUUUAUAUUUAUUAAUAUUAACAGCACUAGAGUGUUUGAGUCAGCCCUGAUCCGUGACUCGUUCAUCUAAAAUCUCUUUUCUAGCGUCUAGUGAUUAACGUCUUGCCCCCCCUCCCCUGUAUUUUUGUGUUAAGUGAGCGAGAUGCUAAACGCCCGUGAUUAGCACAUGAUGACUGAACAGUUAAAGCACAAGUCAGUGCUGCGUGACUACAAGCGCUCGCUCCUCAGCACACGGUUUCUCCAGCAGGGGUCACAGUGUGACAGCUGUGGUCACUGUGAGGAGAUUCAGUGCAGGAUGGAUGAUCAGGGCGCGUCGCUGACGGAGCGGAGCCACGUGAGCACGUGUUAGAAAUGCACAUGCGGUACGUUUACACCAUGAUAAUCAUGAUUCCGUGUGUUAAUGAGCCGAUUUGAUCCCUCAAAUCCGCUGACUUUAGAGUCGUUAUAAAACAAGUUCGAAUCGAAACUUCUGAUUUUAUUUAAUCAACGAAUUCUGUGGCACAUGUUUAAAUAUUGAUGAGGAGUCAUGACAUGAUGUGAGAACUCAGGAUUGAGUGAAAUGUGAAGGUGUUAAGACGCAGGAAGCUGGCUCCUCCUUUAAAACAGCACAACUCUAUUGUUGUUAGUUGAUUACUGACACCUUCUAAAGAUUUGUUUUAACCUCAGAUAUGUGGCACACAAGGGGAAAAAAGCCAGUUUUGUAACACCUUGUUUACUUUUUUGUAUCAUAAACAUCUGCAUAUUUCUUUCCAUUUUUUUUGUUGUUAUUUAUUGGUCUGCAGUUGAAUAUGUCGGUGUGAGCGGAGUGCACUGAUCUGAUAAUGAUUACAAACAUGCUGCAGUGUUGCUUGUUACCUUCAGUCUGUUGUGUAAUUGAUGUUGUCUGGCAAACAUCUGGAAGCUGGCCUCCUGAGGAUCAGUGCUGCUGUGGAACACCAUCACUGACGUUCCCUCACCACUCUGGAGCGUGGGCCGGAUCUGUCCGACAGGAAGUGCUCGUUCAUCAUCGUGUUGUGCUGUUCAGAUCUGUGUAACUGAAGGCUCUAGUAAUUGAUGAUGAUUCCAUCUCUCUCUGGCCUCCAAGAGGUUAUGUAAGUCUCAUUGAUUUAGCUAAUAAAGUAACUGAGCAGAUGUG